AUGGCUCAAAGAGUUACUUACAGAAGAAGAAACCCAUACAACUCUCGUUCCAACAAGAUCAAAGUUGUUAAGACCCCAGGUGGUGUCUUGCGUGCUCAACACGUCAAGAAGACCGGCACCAGACCAAAAUGUGGUGACUGUGGUGUCGCUUUGCCAGGUAUCUCCUCCUUGAGACCAAGAGAGUACGCUCAAGUCUCUAAGACCCACAAGACCGUCUCCCGUGCCUACGGUGGUUCCAGAUGUGCCAACUGUGUCAAGGAGAGAAUCGUCAGAGCUUUCUUGAUUGAGGAACAAAAGAUCGUUAAGAGAGUCUUGAAGGAGCAAGCCGAGAAGGAGAAGGCUGCUGAGAAGAAGGCUGCUAAGAAGUCUAAGAAAUAA